UAAUAAUCAAAUCAGUCGCAAUCGCAACAGGGAAGUGAUCGUCGCGUGUGGAAUUUUCCGACAAACAAAAUCGUCGAAAUGGUCGUUGUAAAAAAUGAACAAAAUAUCUCAGUGCCCGAGUACUUGAACGAAGGAUUCUUUGUGGAAACUCUGGAGGAAGGAUUGCGUGAGUCAAAAGUAACGCUCUACGAGAUUAACUUCGAGUGGGGCAGCAAUCCAGGAGACAAUUACUGCUCAGCUAUCUACCGAGUGCUUUUGAAUUUCGCUCGCUGGGCUGAUGGAAAAGAGUCGACCAAAAGGGAGAACCUCUCCCUGAUUGUGAAGACUAUUCCCAUUUCCCCGGACACGCAAUUCCUUGAGGAUGUCAGUGUAUUCAUCAAAGAGAAGCAGACCUAUACAGACAUUUUGCCACGUUUGGAUAUUCUCAGCAAUGGCAGCAAAUUUGGCGCCAAAUAUUAUCAUUCCAUAAAGACCCCCGUGCAAACGAUUGUGUUCAAUGAUCUGAAAGUCGAUGGAUUUAAAGUUGCUUCCCGCGAAACAGGUUUGGAUUGGGAUCAUGCCUCCUUGAUCCUCCAGCAGCUGGGAAAAUUCCAUGCCACCUCAAUGGUGUUGGCACAGAAAGAUCCGGAAAUUGUUAAGCAAUAUACACGCGGCAUGCUUAGUGAAGACACCUUGUUGAAGAGCGAUACUUUUGAGAACAUGUUCAACGGAUUCCUCAAGGGUCUGAUUAAGGCUUCUGCCACUUGGCCCGGCUAUGAGAAGAUUACCAAGCACCUGCAACGCUUUUCGGACAACUUUAGAAGCAUUUUGGUGAAGGCUGCCAAGCCCAAACCUGGAGAUCGUUAUGUGGUUCUCAAUCACGGCGAUAUGUGGACCAACAACUUUAUGUACGCCUACGAGAAUAAGUCGAAGCCAGAGACUCCAACAAACGCCAUUUUUGUGGACUUCCAACUAUCGUUCUACGGCAGUCCAGCCUGCGAUUUGAACUUCUUCUUGAACACCAGCAUCAAAUUGGAUAUCAACAAGAAUCGUCGUGAGGAACUCAUCAAGGUCUAUUAUCAGGCAUUCAAGGAGGCCUUGGAAUACGCACGUUACGAGAAGAUUCCCAGCUAUGAAGAUCUACUUUGGGAACUGCGUAGCCGUGAGAUUUACGGAGUCUUUGGAUUGUUUGGCUUCUUGCCCAUGAUUACGAUGCCCAAAGAACUCUCCGCAGACAACAGCAUUGAGAACAUGAACGAUGAGAGUUUCAAGGCAAAGAAAAUGGAGGCGAUCUUCUCACAAGAGUUCCUCAAUGAUUACCACAAAUGGGCGCUGAAACGUGCCGAUGAGUUGGGCGUCUUUAACGAUUUCUAAGCCGAAGCUCCGCCAAGUGGCAAUGGGUUCAUCGACCUUAACGACAAAGUCAGGCGGCUGAACAAGGGAAAAGCAAAACUGUCCAGCUGCCUAGAAAUGGAGGCAGAGAGUGCUAAUUCCUAUGUCGUGCUUUUUAUAGACCAGAGUUCAAUUAAAAUGAUCUAACGUAGAUGUGUUUGUUCAAUCAA